GCUUCGUGUACAGAAUAGCUAUUAAUCGACUUGAGAUUAUUAUGCUGUGUGCGUGUGUAUGUGACGAGCGUGUGUAUUGUGUAUUCUAUCCCUGUCGCGCGCGGAGACAGAAUUCAAAAAAUACACGCACCUUAUUAAUGAUGGAGGAGAUUAAGUGAUUAAGAGCCACUCUUAUCGAUAUCACGCCGAUCUACUCUCGGCUCUCGGCGAUUACUUCUCGAGAGUUAUAUAUUCUGUUCGCUGACUAGCAGCGAGGAAUGAGAAGAUUCUAGCAUCGGUUGUAUGUACAUAAAUGUAGUACUAUCUUUAUGUGUGAUUCUGUUUUAUCACGAUACGCAUCCUCGUGAUUAUAAGUCCUUAUCUCUUCACUUCUCGAAGAUCAUUUUAUUAUGGCGUGAAAUGCAAUUUUGAGAUUCCUUGAGCAUCAUUUAUUAUAUUUUUAUUUAGAAUAAAAAUACAAUUCUGUGCAAAGAUGACUCAAACGACAGAAGGCAACAAUGAUAAAGACAAGCAGACUGAAAGUAACACACAGCACAAUUAUAAUGAAAGAUCUUCAGAGCCUGACAGGCAACAGCAGCAAUCUCUACUACCAAAAGCGAGUAGUAGUACAGCCAAACAAGUUAGGGAAUACAUUCCAAGAUCUGGGAUGAAAAAGUAUCACCAUGCUUUGAGUAAUUUAAUUCCAGUGCGAUAUCAAAAUCAAAAAAAAGAGAAUUGGCCAGCAGAUAAUGCUGGAUUAUUUUCAUACGUAUAUAUAACAUGGAUGACACCAUAUUUUUGGAAAGCUUACAAGAAAGGACUUAUGAUUAAAGACUUGCCAGACAUUUCCUUAUAUGAUACUUGCGAGUACAACGCACUCAGACUUGAUAUACUUUGGCAACAGGAAUUAAGUAAAAAUGGUCCCAAUGCAGCCUCUUUUUUCAUGGUUGCAUGGAGAUUUGUUCGCACAAGAAUUUGCAUAUCGUGCUUUUUAAUGAGCUGUUCUCUUAUCUUUGGAUUUAUAAGUCCUACAAUAUUAAUGAGGAAGAUACUGGAGCAUGUAGAAUCUUCGGAGGAAGGUUUCUGGGAUGGUUUAAAAUGGGUUUUAUUACUAAUGCUGUGCGAUUCUCUGCGCGCUUUUUUUUUUACCUGGACGUGGAAUAUGAAUUACAAAACUGGAUUACGAUUAAAGUCAGCUUGCGUGGCUUUGUUAUACAAGAAGAUUAUCAGAUUAAACAGCCUUGGCAAUAAAAGUAUAGGAGAAAUAAUCAAUUUAUUUUGUAACGACAGUCAAAGGCUCUUUGAUGUAAUUAUUUAUGGACCAAUGAUUAUCAGUGGACCAAUAGUCCUAAUUUGUGGUAUAAUUUAUAUAUUGUGGCUGUUCAAUCCCAUUGCUUUGAUAGGAAUAGCAGUUUUCCUUUCGUUCUAUCCAUGUCAGUACUUUAUUUCCCGUGCGACUGGUUACUUUCGCUCAAAAUCAGUAAACAUUACGGAUGCUCGAGUGCGACUUAUGAGCGAGAUCUUGGAAUGUAUAAAGCUGAUUAAGAUGUAUUCUUGGGAAAAAUAUUUUAGUCAGAAACUUCUUGCCAUACGCAAAAAGGAAGAAUGUUGGCUUCAUAAGACCGCAUAUUUUCAAAGCUUAAGCAUCUCUUUAACACCUGCUAUACCCGUGAUAUCCGCGAUCGUUACAUUUUUAGCACAUGUUACCUCAGGCAGUGGAUUAACGGCCGCACAGGCUUUUCCAAUGACCACAUUAUUCGGAAAUUUGCUUAGACUGGCACUUACAUCACUUAAGGAUACCACGCGAUAUUUUAUCAACGCCCUCAUAGCUCUUAGAAGAUUCAAGGUGUUUCCCUUCGUAUCGGUGCUCAGUGCUCAAAUUCGUACUUCUUUCAUGUUUUUGCAAGUGGCCUUAGUUAAUAUCGCUGCGGUAAAGAUAACUUUUGGCAGAAUUAAGAACGUGCUGCUAUUGGACGAGGGCUGUUGCCAGGCGUCGAAACCGAUAGUGAGAUCGCAAGCAGUUGCCAUCGCCAAUGGUACUUUCGUUUGCGACAGCAUGAAGCUUCAAAGGGAUACAUCAAUCAAUAACAAGAAAAAGAAUAACAUGUCAUCAUUCAUCACGAAUAAUUCAACGGAACUGGAAAAUCUGAAUCAACCGCAGGAAGCCAAGUACAUCGAAGUUCUCAGUGAUAUACACUUUGGAGCGCCCAAGGGAAAACUAGUCGGUAUCUGCGGCCACGUAGGCAGCGGUAAGUCCAGUCUGCUGCUGGCGGCUCUGGGACAGUUGAGAAUGACAAAAGGACAUAUUUUGCGGGAGGGCACUUGCGCCUAUGUUAGCCAACAGGCAUGGAUCGUAAACGGCACUUUCAAGGAGAACAUCUUGUUUGGGGAAGAGUUUGAUGCCAAGCGUUACUAUCACACGAUCACGAUUUGUAAUCUAAAGGAUGAUCUGAACAUGUUGCCCGGGGGAGACGACACCGAGAUCGGUGAGAGAGGUGUCAAUUUGUCUGGGGGACAAAAGCAGAGAGUCGCGCUCGCGCGAGCGUAUUACGCCAAUCGGGAUGUUUAUUUUCUCGAUGAUCCUCUGAGCGCGGUUGACAUGUACAUCGGCUCGUACAUAUUCGAGAAAUUGAUUGUCGAGGCUCUUAGGAAUAAAUCCGUCCUUUUUGUGACGCAUAACAUUCAGUUUUUGAAGCGUUGUGAUGAAAUUUAUAUGAUGAAUAUCGGCAAAAUCGUAGAGCAUGGAACCCACGAAGACCUCAUGAGACUCGAUAGGGAAUAUGCAUCGAUGGUAAAGAGCAGCACAGUUGCCGCGGAAGAUAAUUUGUCAUCUGGAAAGUUUGUGGGAACGCAGAAAAACAUUAUUAGUAUCGGCGGCUCAGAAUUGGAAAAGACAGAGAUGGGACAUAAAGAAAAUGAUCGGGAAAAAUCGUACAAAGGAACUUUAACAGUGACAGAAAAAGCCGAAACCGGAGCUGUUAAGUCGCACACUUAUCAUACAUACAUAGAAGCCACAGGUGGUUACUUGGUCGCGGUUCUUGUAUUUUUUACGUUUUUCUUGAACGUGGGUAGCUCAGCAUUUAGUACUUGGUGGCUCGCUGUGUGGAUUAAUGCUGGCGGAGGCAACAUAACUGUGCCAGAAAGUAAUGAUACCGUGUACAUAGAGGAUAUAAAUGCCAAUCCUGACUUCUCAUUUUAUCGUAAUAUAUAUGGCGCAUGCAUCGCCGGUAUCUUAUUGACAAGUUUUAUUCGCGGCAUUGCCAUUACAUUUACCACGAUAAAAGCCUCGACUACAUUGCACAAUACAUUUCUACGCAAAAUUAUUAGUUCUCCGUUAAUGUUCUUCGAGACCACUCCAAGCGGCAGAAUACAAAACAUUUUCAGUCGAGAUAUAGAUGAAAUUGAUAAUUAUUUACCUAUAUCGAUUGAAAACAUGGUGCAAAAUAUUUUUACCUGUAUUUUCGCUAUUUUCUUUAUUUGCGGCGUAUUGCCUUGGUUUUCGAUAGCGUUAUUUCUAUUUGGCGCGCUAUUCUUCUUUGUUAGCAAAUUGUUUAGAAUAUGCAUGAGGGAUUUGAAAAGAAUGGAAAAUAUCUCGCGAUCUCCUGUUUUAAGUUUUGUUACAACGACGAUCCAAGGUUUGAGCACAAUUCACGCGUUUCAAAAGGAGAAGAACUUUUUGUACAGAUUCGAGGAGUUAUUCAACACGAAUAAUCUGUGCCAGCAUCUAUGCCAAGCUGCAAUGAGAUGGUCCGCGGUGAGAUUGGACAGUUUGGUGAUUGCCUCAUCCUGCAUAACUGCGUUACUUGUGAUCUCGUUUAAAAAUGAGAUAUCGCCAGCCUUUGCAGGUUUGGCAAUGGCAUAUGCCACACAAAUGACCGGUAUCUUUCAAUAUACGGUCAGAUUGAUGUCCGAGACCGAAGUGCGCUUUAUAAGUGUAGAAAGGAUCAGUUAUUAUCUCAAAACUUUGCAGAGGGAAGGUGCAAGUAAGACAGUCGCUCUUAAACCAGCCGACGAUUGGCCCUCUCGCGGCAAAAUAGAAUUUAAAGCUGUCCAGUUGAGAUACAGAGAGGAGCUACCGCUCGUGCUAAUCGACCUGUCUUUUACUAUAAAGGCUGGAGAGAAAAUAGGUAUCGUUGGUCGCACCGGAUCUGGCAAGAGUUCUUUAAUCGUAGCUUUAUUCCGAUUAGUCGAGAUUUGCGAGGGUAUCAUUAAGAUCGAUGGUAUUGAUGUCUCAAAAUUGGAAUUAGAUGUAUUACGAAGUAAAUUAUCGAUCAUCCCUCAGGAUCCAAUUUUAUUCAGUGGAACUAUAAGAUCCAAUUUAGAUCCUUUCCAACGACAUACAGACUGCGACAUUUGGAAUGCUCUUGAAAAGACGCAGAUGAAAGAUCGGGUGUCUCUUAUGCCGGGAAAUCUCGAUGCUUCCGUUGGAUUUGGGGGAAAUAAUUUAAGUGUUGGCGAAAGACAGCUUCUUUGUUUAUCAAGAGCUUUAUUACAUAGUGCAAAAGUGCUGAUUCUAGACGAAGCAACAGCCGCUGUCGAUCCGGAAACCGAAGCAACAGUGCAAAGUACUUUGCAGAAUGAAUUCGCGGAUUGCACUGUGCUUACGAUCGCUCAUCGAUUGCAAACUGUCGUCGCGUGCAAUCGCAUUCUCGUUAUGAGUAACGGCAGAGUCGUUGAAUUCGAUGCACCGACGAUUCUUCUCUCUCGACCGGAUUCUGAGUUUUCGAAAUUGAUGGCUGCCAUGGACAAGAAUGUGUAAAAUAAUCUUCGCCAAAGAUCUGAUUCGUAUACUCUGAUAAAUAAUAAAACUAAUUACAUGAAUUGGCAACGGAAGAAAAAAAGAGAAAUAUAAUAUUAUAUGAUAUACAAAAGUAUAAUAAUGGUACAUCAAAAAGCAAUAUAAAUGAAUAAGUGAUUAUAUAACUUUUUACUAAUAAAUUUUUAAGUAAAUAUA